GCCGCCCCAAAAUUACUACACAAAUUUAAUUUGUACUUGUGUCCUAUUUUUUUGGGUAGGCAGUUUUGGGCGUUUCAUAAAACGCACUGGAAGUGCAAAUAGGUAGGAAUAGCUGAGAUUGCACCCCCACCCCCUUCUACUAGCGUGGGGGGGGGGGGUGAAUUGAUGAAUAGUUAACUGCGAAUAUGCGGUGAAUUACUGUUCACCGCAUGGUCCAAAUACCCAAUUCGGUGUAUGACAAUUUUUUUUUUUUUUUGUAUCGCCUAUGCUGUUGCUGUAGUUUAGAUUUACAGUGAGUGAAUGAGUGUAUUUGGAUGAUGUUAAGUUUAUUAUAACAAAGUAUGUGUGUGUAUCCACAUUUGAAAGAAAUGUGCCUGAUUCGGUUUUGAAAAUAUCAAAUCAACGCAUCCCUCAUCAUUAUCAUGCAGUGUUUCUAAUAAGUGCGUUAAAAAGUGCCAAAGGGUUUAUGUUUGUUUGUUUUUAAACCUGUCAUCUCUUGCCUUGCCUUUAUUUUUGUACUGAAUCAUAUCAGCAUAUUUAAGAGUGUGUAAAGUUAAUGCGUUUUAUUGUUUAAGUUAUGUUGUAGCCAAUGAAUAAAUAAUGACUGACUGAAUUUAGCAUUGAUUGAUUGCUGUGUGUUUGUGUUAGCGGCGUUGUUCUCCAGAAAAUUAAUGUGGCUUAUGCACAGCAAAUAGCUCAUCACGAGUUCAGUCAAACUGAAAUAUUUAUGAUUAACAAUCCAAAUUUAAAUAAGAAACAUUAAAAAAAAAAUUGAAAGGGAAAAGUAGUAAAAACACACAACAAAAACCCGUAAAAACAAAUGAGGGAUUAGUCUCAAUAAUAGUGGUUAUUAAUAUGUGACAAAGUUUACCUGUUAGCAUUUUUCUGUUGUGCCGAACGUUAGCAUAAAUGCUGAAGGCACCACUGUAAUAUGUGGAAUGUUUUGAGGUUUGUUUAGCAUCAUGAGUGUCGCGUCAAAGCCUGCAACACAAGAUAAGUUGAGUUUAAAUGUUUAAUAGCGCGUGCACUGAGACGCUGUUAGUUACACAACAUAAUACAAAACUACAAAGCAGCACCCAAAGGCUACGCAACUGCGCCAUGCAGGACAUCAUCAUGGUUUUCACAAUUCCAAAUGUGAUUCGACGCGCCGUUGCACAAUUCUUUGAAAAGUCAAACAUAUGCUUAAAUUGUAACUUUCAAAGACUUGGAGGUGGACAAUAGCUUAGGUUAUGUCAUACCCAUGCUGGUGAAUAAUUCAGCAAUGGGCAGAUGGAGGCUAUAAAAGCAAGUUUCCCAAAGCAGAAGAAGAAGAAGUAGUGGUCAGAUGGAGGAGGUGGCGAAGACACGGCCCCUAAUCUCUGCCAAAGAGAGAGGACCGGGCCCAGGACGCUACGCUCUGCCGCCAACAGUGGGCUACAUCAAUCAUGACGUCACCAAGCCCAGCAGCCCCGCUUAUUCCUUCAGCACCCGCAUGAGCAGUGCCAUGAUCUCUGUGGACUCCAGCCCAGGACCAAGAUACCACGUUGGUGCUAAUGUGACCCGCUUUGGCCGAAUGAACACACCCUCUUACUCCAUGUUGGGCCGCGGAAAGCGCAUUGGUAACCAAGAUGACAAAUUCCAGACUCCGGGACCAGGAGCCUACAGCCCAGAGAAGGUUCCACCUCUCAACGCUGAGCGCCGACCGCCAGCCUAUACGAUCGGAGCCCGCACACGCUAUCGCUCUGUGGAUCCCGUACCAGCACCCAACAGUUACACGCUCCCCAAGCUGUUGGGCAAUCAGGUCCCCAACAAGCCGUCCGGCGUCAGCUACAGCAUGUCGGCCCGCCGGAAGGUGGGCGGCCCCUCAGUGGACCUGGCCCAGAGCCCAGGGCCUGGCAGGUACAACAGCACCAAUCCGGACGUCUACCUCCGACGCCAGCCUUCCUUCUCCAUGCAGAGCCGGACCAAAAGGCCCACGUACUCCUCGGCCACCCCGGGCCCGGCCGCCUACCGCCCAGAGCGUUCUGGGGUGCACCUUGGCAGGGCGCCGUCUUUCACCAUGGGGAUCCGCCACUCAGAGUUUGUCACACCACUUGUGCUGGACGUUGUCCACUGACCAGUCAGUGUCUGAGGACAGCACUGUAAAACAAAGCUAGCUUGGUUGUUUUAAGGACUAACUGACAAACAAAUACGGCACGCCGACAUGUUGCGAUGUCACACUUAUGUUGAUUGUAUUGCCUUCAUGGAUUGAAGAAUAGCUUCCUCUUAUGGGGGAAAAAAAAUAAAAUAAAAUCUGCGUUUUGGCAAGGGCUCCGCCGCUUAAAAAUGGCACUUUCGCGACGUCUUGGUGGAUGUCUGACGAGUCACGUGGGAUUCGUCAAAAAUACUUGACGUGGAAAAAUGACUUCAUGUAUAACAAACACACACCAAGUACAGUGGAAAAGGAGAUGUUUGUCGGAUUUCAAAUUUUUACCAAUUCAUGAAAAUUAAAGAAUACAGAGAGACAAAUGCAAACACUCUUGUUAGAAAGAUACUUUAUUUGUUUUGCGGUCUCAA